AUGAAGGUUUUUACAAUUUUGUCGGUUAUCAGCAUAUUGACUGCAGUAAACGCAAUUCCAGUAUUUGAAAAACGUGAUAACAGAUACAAGAAAGACGAUUCUUACAAGGACUUGAAAGAUUACAAAAGUUGGGAUAAUAAAGAUUGGGGUAAAAAAGGUUGGGAUAACGACAAAGAUUACAAAGGCAAGGAUGAUAAAGAUUACAAAGUUAAAAAUGUCAGUAAGAGCGACUAUAAAAAUGAUAACCAUGGUAAAAAGUAUAAAAUUGAUGGCAAAUAUAAGAGAAACGAUGUACAUAAAAACGGCCAUGACCACAAUAAUUAUAAUGUCUACGGGCAUAAAAACGACCACGACAACAAUAAUUAUAAUGACUACGGCCAUAAAAACGACCACGACAACAAUAAUUAUAAUGACUACGGCCAUAAAAACGACCACGACAACAAUAAUUAUAAUGACUACGGCAAAAAAUACGGACAAGGGUACGAUCGAAACAAUAAUAACAGCAAGUACUAA